AUGGUAUAAAAACAUGACGCAGCGAAGUACACUUCAUAAACAUACUCGUUCUAGCAUCAUCUUAACUAUAUUAUAUAGUCUAUAUACAGUAAUCUUGCAGAAAAUGAAGUACCCGACUAUCACUGAAACCCAACAACUGUUCCGUGAUCAUCCGCUCAAAGCCGGUCUUGAUAAAAAAUGCCGAUCCACCAUUCCAUUGUGCCCAGAGGCUUUCGCCAAGGUGAUGAAGAGCAUCGACACGUUUAUUUUCGACGCAGACGGUAAUGAGUAGAGAGUAAUUCUUCAAACGAGCAUAGUUUCUGUUCAGGUGUGCUGUGGCUGGGAGAGUCAGUGAUGCCCGGCUCGCCGCGUCUCAUCGACUACCUCGUCAAACACGACAAACAGAUCAUUGUGCUGACGAACAACGCCACAAAAUCACGGGCGGUUUAUGCGAAGAAGCUGGCCGCUCUGGGCUACAACCCGGCCAAAAUGAACAAGAAUAACCUGGUUAACCCGGCAGCGGUGGUCGCGGACACUCUGCACCGCUCAGACCUCGACGGAAAACGAGUCUAUCUGAUCGGAGAGCAGGGACUUUGCGACGAAAUGGACGAACUCGGCAUCGAGUACUUCGGACACGGUCCCGAGAAGAAAGACAAUGUAUCGGCGACUGGCGCAUUCAUGUACGACAUCAAGUUGGAGGAGAACGUCGGAGCAGUCGUCGUCGGCUACGAAAAGCACUUUGACUACUCGAAGAUGAUGAAGGCGGCCAACUACUUGCGAGAGGACGGCGUCCUGUUCGUCGCCACCAACGAGGACGAGACGUGUCCCGGACCGAAUCCAGAUGUGAUCAUUCCGGACGCCGGCCCAAUUGUGGCCGCCAUCAAAUGCGCUUCCGGCAGAGAGCCGCUGACGGUCGGAAAGCCGUGCACUCCGGCAUUCAACUACAUCAAGAGGAAGUGGAACAUCAACCCUUCGAGGACUAUGAUGAUCGGAGACAGGUACCAUUCUGAACCCACUCCUAAUUUUAUUAUUUAUUCUUUACAGAACCAACACUGACGUCAAGUUCGGCAGAGAUCACGGAAUGAAGACGAUGUUGGUGCUCUCCGGAUGCCAUCAAAUCGAAGAUAUCGUCGACAAUCAGAUGAAUGAACGCGACGAUAUGAUCCCCGAUUUCGUCGCUCCCUGCCUCGGAGCUCUCGUGCCCGACAGAAUUUAA